CAGUCCAUUGCAUUUAGCAGGCUCUUUGCCCUGUGGCGUCUCCACGACAUUGCCUUCCUGUUUUUACGGUUACUGGCUGCUCUGUUCCACGUCCCAGGGAAGUGAACCACUGUGUCCCUGCACAGGAUGGAACUGAAGGGGAAGGUAGCGUUGGUGACGGGAGCAGCACAGGGCAUUGGGAAAGCGAUUGCUGAAAUAUUACUGAAGAACGGAGCUAAGGUGAGUUUACUCGACUGCAACCAGCCGGAGGGCGAGGCAGCGGCUGCUGCAUUGGGGCAGCUCUACGGACCAGAGAACGUCCUUUUCCUGCACUGUGAUGUGGCGUCUGGGAGGCAACUGGAAGAAUGUUUCAACAAAACCUUGGAAACAUUUCAGAGGUUGGACAUUGUGUGCAACAACGCUGGCAUCUUUGAUGAAAGGAACUGGGAAAAGUGUGUUAGUGUAAACCUGGUCGGCAUGAUCAGGGGAAGCAAACUGGCCCUGCAGCACAUGAGCAAGGAGAAGGGAGCGGCAGGAGGCGUGAUUGUCAACAUGGCUUCACUGGCAGCAUAUCACCCCAUCGAAGGCGCUCCAGUUUACACGGCCACCAAGUAUGGAGUGGUGGGAAUCACCAAAGCCCUCUCUCUGGACUGUAUGAAGAAUCAUGGGGUUCGGGUAAACGCGCUGUGUCCCUCGAUCGUUGACACUCGGCUUGUGAGGAGUCAGGAAGGAGAUGGGAGGAAGGUCAUGGAUAAUUUGAUUGGAAUGUUGGGGACACUUCUGACGCCUGCCCAGAUUGCAGAGGGACUCUUGGAGCUGGUCCUGGAUCAGAGCAGGAACGGGGUGAUGAUGAAGAUGUUCCACGAUGGCAGGAUUGAGUAUGAAGACCAAGCUGAGGUUCAGCCAGCAGAGGCCUGAAACCCACAAAGAUUCAAGGCACUGCGCCGACCAGGCUCGAGAAUAAAACCUUAGUUUGCGAAAGGC